CUCACGCGCUAUUCCCGUGUACUACCGCCAUCGUACCUUUGGAGCCCCCGAAAUCAACGUCAGCGAUUAUGCCACCCAGACCCUCACACAAACGGGCAGCCACCUCGAGGGACGAUAGCACCCCCGCCGCGGCAGGCUCGCGCAAGAAGACGCGGUUCGUCGAACCGUCGGAAGACCCUGUCAACUUCGCAGAGGAGGUUGACGCACAGCUCGAGAACCCAUCCGCCCAGCGCAAGGGGCGCGUUAAGACGGAGGGAUACGACUCGGACUCAAGCGAUGAUGGCGAGGGCGUCGUGAACAGCCGCAAGCCGGGUGGGACCGGGGCUGUGGGCGAUGAUGAUGAGGACAUGUUCAUGAUGGGCGACAAGGAGGAGGCGAAGGCGGAGAAGCAGGGGGUAAAAAAGAAGGAGGAGACGUUUCUGCGGCUGGGCGAUAUCGAGGGGCAGGAGUUCGGCGCGGGGGAGGACGAGGAUGAUGGGGAUGAGGACGAGCCGGAAGACGAGGACGACGCGGAGAGGAGGAAGAAGGCGGGGAUGGGCUUCGAGCUGAGCGCGUUCAACAUGCGGGAGGAGAUGGAGGAGGGCAAGUUCUCGGCGGACGGGAUGUACGUGCGUACGUUCGACCCGCACGCGGUACACGACAAGUGGAUGGAGGGCUUGGACGAGCGGGAGAUCAAGAAGGCGCGGAAGCUUCACAAGGCGCAGGAGAGGUUGCAGAAGGAGAGGCAGAGGGCGGAGGAGCGUGAGCUCGAGGAGCUUGGAGGGAAGGACUACAUCGAGCAGCAAUUGAUCGGGAUGCUGAAGAAGGGCGAGACGGUGCUGGAGGCCUUGCAACGACUCGGGGCAAAGGCGAAGAAGAGCGGCACGACGAAGAAGAAGCCAAACAACAAGACAAAACGCGAUGCCGAGAAUGGGAGCGGUGCCGCCAUGGAGGUGGAUCAGACACCCAAGUCCACGUCCACAGAGGCUACCGACGUUGAGACCAUCACCCACUUCGCCUCAACCUUGAUGUCUCUCGGUGACACCGACAUCUACGGCAAAACAUACGAGGAACUUGUGCGCUCGGUCCGCGCGAGCGGCAAGGUCGACAAAGACUGGAUACCCCCGUCCGCAGACGUCGAGUACGAGUACAAAUGGGCCGUGCCCGAGGCAGGGGACGCGGACCAGGUCUUCGGACCGUUCAGUGAAGAAGAGAUGCAGGCCUGGUAUGGUGCUGCCUACUUUGGCUCUGCAGGAGAGAAGGUCAAGGUGCGGAGGGUUGGAGGAGAAUGGGGCAACUGGAAUGAUGUCGUUUCAUCAUGAACGACGCCGGUGUUCAUUAUAUUCACUGCGCUGCUACCUCGACAAAGCGGACGUGCUGAGGUUCUUUCGACGUGUAGUAUUAUCUGUAUUUCUAGUCGAACAUGCUACCCC